AUGGCCUCCCCAAACAAGCCGCCAGCCCUCCUCCCGGACCACACCUACAUCCACGUGUCCUCAGACCUCCCACCGGACGCAAUCGCUGCUGCUGUGUCCUCGUCCUCCCAGCCGGACGUGAAGCUCGAGUACCGCGGCCCCGUGGGCGAGCUCGAUGGCGAGUACAUCUUCGAGGUGGCCUCCAAAGCUGGCGAGCCGGUCAAGCGCUCUGGCGAUCUGUGGUCUGCGAAGGGCGACUCGGUCGUGCACUCUGUACGCUCCGUACCAGGGGUCGGUUCGGCAGAAGUGCUGGAACACAAGCAGCGGAGCAAGCGCGACGAGUUCUAG